AUGAGGGCUGGUGUUGAUGUCUUUGCUCUUGACUAUGAUGCUAUUAUUGCUGCCAUGUAUGCAUUGACUGUUAGUGCCGAGGGAGACUGUUACUUGUGUGUGCCGCCUGACCCAGGUAUAGAGCCCGCUGCCCUGGGUACUAGUGAGUCUGCUCUCUCAGGUACAGCACCCACAGAGACUGCUCUCUCAGGUACCGCACCGGCUGAGGCCUGUCACACCUUCACCCUUGACUCAGGUGCUUCCCGUUGCUUCUUUCGUGACAGUACUGAGCUCACACCGCUUCCUGCACCGGUCCCAGUCUCCUUGGCUGACCCCUCUGGGGGCCCAGUCCUUGCCCAGUCCACCACUGUCCUCCCUUGUCCGGCGGUUCCGUCUGGCUCGUUGUCGGGUUUCCACCUCCCCUCGUUCUCGACGAACCUGGUGAGCAACGCUGUCAUCCAGGAUCAGUGGGUUGACACCUUUACCCCUGGAGGACAGCGUGUGGCGAUCUGCACGUGCUCCAGGACCGGCCGUCACCUGGCUACGUUUACCCGUCGGCCGGGGUCGAGUCUCUACACACUGACCACUGCGUCUCCUCAGGUCGCUGCUGUCGGUCAGGUGUCUGCGUCAGGUAUGGCAGCCCACGCCUGUGAGUGUCGUUCCCUGUCGCACCAGACUCUUCUCUGGCACCACCGCCUGGGUCACCCCUCCUUGCCACGCCUUCGUGGCAUGCACCGUCGCCACCUUGUGUCUGGUCUUCCCAGGUCCCUCCCUCCCCUCCCUGCCUCGCCUGCGCCGCCUUGCCUUCCUUGCGUCGAGGGGCGGCAGCGCGCCGCUCCUCACUCCUCCUCGUUCCCCCCGACAGAGGCUCCUCUGCAGACCCUCCACCUGGACGUGUGGGGCCCAGCCCGCGUUCGUGGUCAGGGCGGUGAGCGGUACUUUUUGCUGGUUGUCGACGACUACUCGCGUUACACCACGGUCUUCCCCUUGCGCACCAAGGGUGAGGUCCCUGCUGUUCUGAUCCCUUGGAUCCGCACAGUUCGUCUCCAGCUCCGCCGCCGUUUCCGGACGGAUCUUCCUGUCCUGCGUCUGCACUCUGACAGAGGUGGUGAGUUUUCCUCCGAUCUCUUGAGGACCUUCUGUCAGGCGGAGGGCAUCGAGCAGACCUUCACGCUUCCGGACUCCCCGCAGCAGAAUGGGGUUGCUGAGCGCCGCAUUGGCCUGGUCAUGGAGGUCGCUCGUACCUCCUUGGUCCACGCGGCGGCUCCCCAUUUUCUGUGGCCGUUUGCUGUCCGGUACGCCGCGCAUCAGCUCAACCUCUGGCCCCGUGUCUCCUUGCCGGAGACCUCGCCCACACUGCGUUGGACGGGGGAGGUUGGCGAUGCGUCGCGCUUCCGGGUGUGGGGUGCUCGUGCCCUUGUCCGCGAUACGUCUGCGGACAAGCUCUCCUCCCGCACGCUUCCCUGUGUCUUCCUUGGCUUUGUCCCUGACGCGCCUGGCUGGCAGUUUUACCACCCCACCUCGCGCCGGGUCUUCGCCUCUCAGGAUGUCACCUUUGACGAGUCGGUUCCCUUUUACCGUCUCUUCCCCUACCGCACUGCCCCCCUCCCUCCCCCGCCGCUUUUCCUUGCUCCUGGUCCCCCUCCGGUAGACCCCCUUCCCCCUCAGGGUCCUGCUCCUUCAGGUGUCUCUCAGGUAGACCCUCCUCCCGUCGCUGAGCCUGUCGAGGUCACAGGUGACUCAGGUGCUGCUGCAGGUGGUACUGCUGGGAGUGCUGAGCCUGGGGGUGCUGAGCCUGCGGGUGCUGGGCCUGGGAGUGCUGGGACUGCGGGUGCUGGAGCUGAGGGUACUGUGCCUGAGAGUUUGCCGCCUGGGGGUGCUGAGCCUGGGGGUGCUGCGACUGAGGGUGCUGAGCCUGCGUGUGCGGAGUCUGGGGGUGCUGAGUCUGGGGUGCUGAGCCUACGGUCUCUCACACCGCAGCAGCUUCGUGACUGGUACGUCCGGCGCUUUCGCCGUCCUAGUGGCUCGGCUGGAGUUGGGGGUACUGGAGCUACCGGGACUGGUUGUUCUGGGAGCACUGCGACUGGAGCUGCUGGAGCUGGGGACUCUGGCGCUGGCGGUACUAGUGGAGUUGGAGCUGCCGACUCUGGGGGUGGCGCUGCUGCUGGUGCUGCGGACCCGCCUGGUGGAGCUGCUGCUGGAGCUGAGGACCCGAGCGGUGGCGCUGCUGCUGGUGCUGGGGACCCGGACGUUGGAGCUCCUGCUGGUACUGAGGACCCGGCCGCUGGAGUCUCUUCUGCUUCUGGAGCCGCUGCGCGGCCGCGACCGUACUUCGUUCCGCUCCUUCAGCAGGUUCUUGGGCAGGCUCCUCCUCCUUGUCCUCCUCCCUCCGUAGAGUGUCCUCCGCCUGUCCAGCCGCAGUCACAGUUACCGCCUGCCUCGCCUCUCCCUGCUCCCUCUCCUUACACUGGUCCCACAGGAGGUCUUACAGAGCGUCGUGAGCCUGAGUCUCGUCCUGCGUCGCCUGUUCGUCCUGCUCGCACUGGUAGUCGUGUCCGUCGUGAGCGUCCUCCUCCUGUCCCAGGCACUCACUACAUGACUCUGCGUCCCUCUACUGCUCCUCGGCGUGUCCCUCUACCGUCUCCUCCUGCGUCCUCUUUGCCUGCCAUUCCGGACCCUGAGUCUGACCGGUAUCGCGCUGAGCACCCUACAGUCACGCGUCUCCUAGCUACUGUUGUCACUGACCCUACCUUUGAGUCCUCGGCUGCGUCUGCUCUGGUCGCUGAGUUGGUUGCCUUUGCUGCUGCCUGUCGUCUAGACUACGCUGCUAGCCUUGUUGCUGAGCCUGCGUCUGCGUCUGUCUGUCCUCCGUCCGUCGGGGGUGAGUGUGCUCUUGGCACGGACGUCCUUGAGGACAGGCAGGAGGACUUUGACUCUCUUGCGGCUGCUGUACCUCAUCUCGUGGCCUGGUUGCUUGCCCCUGAGGGAGACCCGGAUGCACUAGACAUCCCCACUCUGCGCACUUACGCAGAGGCGAUCUCGGGUCCCUACUCCUCUCAGUGGCAGACAGCCAUGGACGCAGAGAUGGCAUCCUGGAAGUCCACAGGCACCUACGUCGACGAGGUUCCCCCUCCUGGGGCGAACAUCGUCGAUGGCAUGUGGAUUUUCAGGGUGAAGCGGCCGCCAGGUUCUCCGCCUGUCUUCAAGGCUCGUUACGUUGCUAGAGGCUUCAGUCAGCGUCAGGGGGUCGACUUCUUCCAGACCUUCUCCCCCACCCCGAAGAUGACCACUCUUCGGGUUCUGCUGCACGUUGCUGCUCAGCGUGACUACGAGCUUCACUCUCUUGACUUCAGCACAGCGUUCCUGCAGGGCAGCCUGCACGAAGAGAUCUGGCUGCGCCGCCCACCUGGCUUUACUGGGUCGUUUCCCCCUGGUACCCAGUGGAGUCUCCGCCGGCCAGUCUACGGUCUCCGCCAGGCGCCACGUGAGUGGCACGACACACUGAGGACUACACUUGCGGCUCUUGGGUUCGCGCCGUCUACUGCUGACCCGUCGCUGUUUCUGCGCACAGACACGUCGCUGCCGCCGUUCUACAUUCUCGUGUACGUCGACGACUUGGUCUUUGCUACUGCUGACACUGAGGCACUCGCUCGUGUGAAGUCGGAGCUGCAGAAGAGACACACCUGCACUGACCUGGGUGAACUGCGUAGCUACCUUGGCUUGCAGAUCACCCGGGACAGAGCUCGCCGCACCAUCACCCUGACUCAGUCACACAUGGUGCAGCAGGUCCUUCAGCGCUUCGGCUUCCAGUUCUCCUCACCACAGGCCACACCUCUGGCUACCAGCCACUCGCUCUCAGCUCCACCUUCGGACGAGUCCGUAGAGCCGAGUGGCCCGUACCCAGAGCUUGUAGGCUGCCUCAUGUACCUGAUGACUUGCACGCGCCCUGACCUCGCGUACCCUCUUAGCAUCCUUGCUCGUUACGUUGCGCCUGGGAGACACAGGCGAGAGCACUGGGAGGCUGCUAAGAGGGUGCUGCGUUACUUGUGCAGUACAUCAGGCAUGGGGCUGGUGCUUGGAGGACGCGACAGAGUUGUCCUCACUGGUCACUCGGACGCUUCUUGGGUGGACGACCUGGCUACGCAGCGGUCGUCACAGGGUUACACCUUCAGCCUUGGCUCUGGUUCUGUCUCGUGGCGGUCCACCCGCUCUUCCUCUGUUCUCGGCUCUAGUUGUGAGGCUGAGAUCUACGCCACAGCCAUGGCUGCACAGGAGUUACGCUGGCUCACCUACCUGCUGACUGACUUGGGAGAGCGGCCUAGUUCUCCUCCAGUUCUGUACGGUGACAACAAGGCGGCUCUUGCCUUGUGUCAGGAGCACAGACUGGAGCACAGGACGAAGCACAUUGCUCUUCGCUACUUUCUUGCUCGAGAGCUUCAGCAGCGCGGUCAGCUUCGGCUUGUGUACGUGGACUCGAAGGCCAACACUGCUGAUAUCUUCACCAAGGCGCUCCCGCCUAGUGAUCAUCAGCGGCACUGUACUUCUUUAGGCCUUGUGUCCACGUUUCCUCACUUGCUCACUGCUUGA